UUAUAAGGCUACACUUUCUGUUUCUGGUCUCUGCUCCUUAUCUCUUCUAUGCUGCGAAGUGCGAAGUAAGGAGUAAAGAGUUGGACUUCCUUGUACUUCGCUUGGCUUUUCUCCACUUAGGUAUUUACUUAGGUUGAUCAUUUGUCAAAUCUCAUGGAGAAGCAGAACCACCAACCCUCCGUAGUAGCACUUGUCGUUGGAGUCACAGGCAUGGCUGGUCUCAGCCUAGCCCAGGCCCUAAAGCACCCCGAUUGCCUUGGAGGCCCAUGGAAGGUUUAUGGCGCCGCCCGAUCCCAGCCCAAUUGGUUCCCUCCUUCCACCGUUGACCACUUCAUCGCAUUCGACGCCGUUGACUCCGCCAGCACGCACUCCAACCUCUCCCCCAUAGCUCACGAGGUCACCCACCUGUUCUGGGUCACCGUUCAGUUCCCCGGCGACGAAGAAGCCAACGUCGCCGUCAACACAACAAUGCUCCACAACGUCCUCACCACCCUCAAAUCCUCACCUUCUUCCCGGCUCAGCCACGUCACCCUCCAAACCGGGACUAAACACUACAUGGGCCCAAUCCAAGACCCCACCCGGUCCAACCAACUCGUUGGCCACGAACCACCUUUUCACGAGGACAUGCCCCGACUCCCUUACCCGAAUUUCUACUACGCGCUGGAGGACCUCCUUGCAUCCCACGCGCCAUCACUUACCUACUCAGUGCACCGCUCGUCCAUUAUAAUUGGCGCGUCUUCAAGAAGCGGCCACAACGCGCUUGUUAUGGUGGGUGCUUAUGCCGCGGUAUGCCGGCACCUGGGAGUACCGUUUCGGUACCCGGGGAACCGGUACACGUGGGAGCAUUUCUGUGACAUGACGGAUGCACGUGUGCUGGCGCAGCAGCACGUGUGGGCUGCGGUUACCGAGAAGGCUAAGAACGAAGCGUUUAACUGCAUGAACGGAGAUUUGUUCACGUGGAAGAGCAUGUGGAAAUUUUAUAGUGAAGUUUAUGAUGUUGAGUUCAAACCGUUUGAUGAGAGUGAUGAGGAGUUUGAUGUGUUAGAAUUUAUGCGUGACAAAGGGAAGGUUUGGGAUGAGAUUGUUGAGAAGCAUGGGCUUCAGAAGACCAAGUUAGAGGAAAUUGCGCAGUUUAAUGCCAUGAAACCUGUACUGCAUUUUAAUUUUCAGCAUGUGUCUAGCAUUAAUAAGAGCAGGGAAUAUGGGUUUUUUGGAUUCGCCGACUCAUUUAAGAGUGUAAGAUUUUGGGUUGCUAAGCUUAGAGAAAUGAAGAUCAUACCCUAAUUCAUCAAUAUGGCCAUAUGGGCAUCACCGUUGACCUUAUUGGUCAGGGAAGGCUAAAUGAUUCCAACAUGUGCAUGUCUGGGCUUUUCUAGCAGUUGCUGCGUUUUCUGUAAAAUGAAUAAGAAUAAUAUUUUCUAA